CACAUCUUAGAUGGUAUGUAAAAGUACGAGAAAGAUUCGUGAAUUUACCUGAAAAUUCACAUACUGCUACAAAAUCCGAACCAUUUACGGCUCAAUUGGCACGUUUAUACGUCCAAUACGUUGGACCUUGCAC